AUGAUAAAGCACAACUGGACGUUUAUAUUAGAAACUUUAGUAGAAUCCAGGUGCGAAAUCAAGCUUUUUAUUGUUGAUACUGUUAUUUUUGACAUCAUGGAUGUAUUUAAGCCAGUUAUUUGGAUUUUUACCAAUAGAAAAGGAAAACUUGAUUAUCGAAAUUUAAAUAAUUUAACCAUCAGCGAUAUCUCAAAAGCAUUUCUCGAAGUAUUGAAUUUUCAAGGCUUAGGUAUAAGAGGCUCAGAAUGAUUUGAGCCAGGUAAAGCUGUAUUGAUAAAGCAUGAUGGCUUGAGACUUAUUAUUGAUGAUAUUCAAGUUGAAGAUCUUCCUCAUUCUUAUCCAGACGAUAUCCACACUUUGCAGCUAUAUCAAUUCCAUAAGGCAAUUUUUGAUAAAUAUAUUUACACCUAUGAAUUUUCUAUUGAUGAGCCUGAAGCAGAUGAAAAUUUCCAUAGAAAACUGGUCGGCAGUCAUAAUGAAGAAAAUACUAUGAUAUGUUGGGACGAAAUAAUUAAAAAAAAUAUAAAAAGGACUUCAAGAUUAAUUUUCAAGAAUUUUGAGCAGCUUUCUAGCCUGAAAAUUGUAGGAAUCACCUUAAUGUAUUACAUAGAGCAUGAAUCUAAGCAGCCUUGAUUCUGUGGAGCCGAAAACUGCACUUUCCGUAAAAAAAGUGACGCAAAACGUUUUGACUCCUUCAGCUUUAUUUCUAAUAAGCCUCUCUAUAACAACACCAGAAAAAUAACCCAAGGGCAUAGUAUAACUUCACUAAAAAUCAAUAAUAGGCAGAAAUCUUUAUUAUCCCAAAGUUUUUUAUCACGGAAAAAGAAAAUUAAUGAUUCUUUUUAUAUAAGGCACGCGCAUGAAAAAAGUUUUAUGAGGAUUACGCCAAUUUUAAGGUCUCCUGAUAUAUCAGUUGUUAUAGAGCCUCCAAAAUCCAGAGCUUUCAGCAGACAAAGCAGAAGUAGGAAUCCUUCAAGUAUAAGCCAAAGUAGAAAAAGUAUGGACGCCCAUUCGAAAUUGCCUAGUUUUUCUAAUGCUGAAGAGUUCACAAUCCCUUUUAAAAGACGGCCUACUUUUCAUAACACCCAAUGUAAAAUCUACAUCCAGUCAGAUAAGCUUAAAAUUUUUCCUUCGGAUGAGCAUUAUUCUUGUAAAUGCGUAGGCGAUUUUUGUAAUUUGACAAACAUUCAGCUGCCGAUGCAUGAUAAAUCUCUUAGAUUUUUAGUCCCAAAACAGUCAUUAAUGCUAGGUAGAAUGAGUAGUUACUCUCCUAUAAGAAUGAAUAAUUAAAUAUCGUGCCUCAGCUGUUAGUUUUGGAUUCAUAUUUAAUUAUAUCUGCAAGUUUUUACAAUUCAAGAAGGGACAGUUAAGCUAGAUAUAUAUAAUUGCCAUGAAUAGCCUAAUUCUUUGGGCCGUAAAAUCUCUAUUUGUUAAAGCCAAAUGUUCGCUUGAUUAAACCAAAUUAGAAUUUAGUCUUGCUGAUAUCGAUUUUUUUUGGCCCAAAGAAUCGGGCUAUUAAAGGUAAUUCCUAUAAGCACUUGCCGUGGCUUUUAGAGCCUUGCCUAAAUCCAUUUUUAAGUUUGGUUUUUAACUCGUUGACGAUGGAAUAAAUGUCGAAAAGGGGAAGCUCAGAAUGCCUAGGUUUCAUUAGACCAAUUGAGCUCUUUCCUUAGAGCUAUUUCAAACGUUGCCAUUUUGUCAAAAAUUUUGGCAAGAAAUUUUCUGUCUGCCAACCCAUCUCACACUCGUGGCACAGUGACCCAAGCUCUACCUUAGCUUAUGGUAAAAAAAAGCUCAAAAGAGUCCAAAAGCUUAGCUAAUAAGCUGUCCAUCGAUGUGUAGAUACCCUCUCCGAUCGAGGUCAGCAAGAUGACUGAGGAAGAAGAAAUGCAGAUUAGUUUUUAGCUUAACUUCAAUGCUGAAAGCUAACCAAUAACUCUUAACUAAUCUAUUUCUAUAAGAUUGCCUGAAUUCCGCCUGGUCCCACCUGAUAUUUUGCUUGCCUGCUCAAAAUUCAAGCCACCUGAAAAACUAAUCCCCAAGCUGCAAAGCGCAAGUAUUUUUAAGCCAAUUCAUAAUAGUGAGUCUAUAAACACAAUAGCCCCCCGCUUAGACGAAGAAUCAGUCUGCCUUAAGUGUUUUGUUGUGUAUUACAACAUUAUGUCAUCAUUUCAAUUUAAUUAA